AUGGUGGUGGUGGUGGGUUCUCCUACAAGAAUUGGUGGCGACGGCAGCAUUGGUGUUGGAGGAGGAGGAGUGGUACAUGUUCCGGUGGUGGAUCUCUCAAUGAAUAGGUCUCAGGUGAAGGAGCUCAUCAUCAAAGCAUGUGAAGAGUAUGGGUUCUUCAUGGUGGUGAACCAUAGAGUCCCAAGAGACCUUAUUGCCAAAAUGGAGAAAGAAGGGUUAAACUUCUUCCAUAGACAUUCCUUGGAGAAACAAAAAGCUGGACCGGCUAAACCUUUAGGGUAUGGGUACAAGAACAUUGGCUUCAAUGGUGACAUGGGUGAAUUAGAGUAUCUCCUCCUCGACACCAAUCCUCUCUCCGUUUCUCAGGCUUCUAAUGCUAUUUCCUCUCACCCUUCCAAUUUCAGCUGUGUGGUGAAAGAUUACGUAGAGGCAGUUAGAGAGUUAGCUUGUGAGAUACUAGAUCUGAUGGCAGAGGGGCUGCGGGUCCCAGACAAGUCAGUGUUCAGCAACCUCAUCAGACACGUUGAUAGCGACUCACUCAUCAGGCUCAAUCAUUAUCCAUCAGAUUCGGAUAUCAAUGAUAAUCGGGUCGGGUUUGGUGAACACUCUGACCCACAGAUUAUCUCCCUCUUGAGAGCUAAUGAAGUGAAUGGCCUUCAGAUCUUAUUGCAAGAUGGGGUUUGGGUUCCUGUUCCUCCUGAUCCUUCCUCUUUCUGCAUCAAUGUUGGGGACCUUUUACAGGUGUUGACGAAUGGGAGAUUUGUGAGCGUGAGGCACAGGUCCAUGAUAAGCAACAAUACAAAGGAAUCAAGGAUGUCGAUAGUGUAUUUUGGGGCGCCACCCUUGCAUGCAUCGAUUUCUCCUCUUCCAGAGACGGUGACGGCAGAGAAGCCCAGCCUUUACAGACCCUUCACUUGGGCAGAAUACAAGAAUACGGCAUACGCUCUACGCCUUGGAGACACUCGUGUCGAUCUCUUCAAGACCCUUCUUCACCCCAACUCCUGCUCGGGCAAAGCGUUUGAGCUGGAGUAG